UGUUAAUAAAACAUGAUUUAAUUUUCUCAAAAAAAAGAAUUUGAUGAUUCCCGAUACUAAUACCAUGACAAACUAAGCACGGGAAAUUAUCCGCGGUAAUUCAAACGGAAGAGAGAGACCUCUUCAACAUCCUAUGGUGGAGAAGUGCACGUAACGUCGGCUGAGGGUACCGGUUGUGGAGACUCCAGAGACUCGACCACGAAACACGAGUCUCGUAUAGAGUAGCCGUGCGACGAAAAAGCACAUUCGCCAGCUGAUGGCAUUUUUUUCAAUGGUCAAAACACACCCACGCUCUCAUUUCGCUUUUCUCGCGCUCAGUGGCAACGCUCCACUACAUCCUCGUCUUGAUUCAUGACCAAAGUGUCAAAGUUCAUGCGUAAACUCUUCCGCAAAGAAAGUGAAGAAGAAGGUUCUCGUGGUCUACAGCUGAGACUACGCAAGGCCGUAACCUUAGGGAAAGCUCGACAAGUCGCCGCCUUGCUAGAUGAAGGUGCGUCGCCCGUUUGGAUGGAGAACGAGACAACCUCUCGACGUCGAUUCCGGCGUCGGGACUCGUACCCGUGCCAACUCAACGCUCUACUAUUGGCCUGUCGAUGCGGUGACGACGACGUGUUGAGUCUCCUACUGGACGCGUUCUUCGAAGAGCCUCAAGUUCUCGCUCAUUUCAGUCGAGCCAUGUAUUGCCUCGUGGUCCGUCAUGGUCACUGGAAGGCGUUCCAGAGACUGCAACAACGUCGAGUCCCCAUGACUUCAGUCUCGUCCAGAUCCUCGACCGAUUCGACAGAAUCUCCGACCUCCGUGGCGUCAACUCAGCUCCUUUCCGAGGCUGCAAUGGAGCACGUCAGUUCCAAGCUUCCGUUGCCCAUUUUCGUGGCUGCAGAGCAUGGUCGUCACCAUAUUUUGGCCUACUUACUGGACCACUACCCGCACGAUUGGGCUCAGUACACGUUCGAUGGGCAUUCUCUACUGUCGGUAGCCACAAUCAAUGGCCACUAUGAGUGUGUCCGUGUGUUACUUGACCGUCAGGUCGCUACCGGUCGAUCACUGGACGCUGCCGUCGCAUUGGCUCGUCGCCACCGUCAAGCCCAUAUACUGGUUCUAUUAACGAGUUGUCUUCCUGAAUUCGCAUCCGAUCCGGAACCAACCGUUGCUAGUGAAUUCGACGACGACAUGAGACGUAGCAGUCUCGUGGCUAUCAGCUCGCCCAUCAACUAUACCAACCCUGCUGAAGACAUGGACCGGGUACAAGAAAUGCGUAUACGAGCCGAAAUGCAGCGUGAGCAGCGACAAACCGGUAUGAUGUGGUUCCUCGACGGACGCGAGCCGGUGGAAGACAUGCAACGUCGUGUACAAUCGCACGGACUGAACGCAGAUGGCUUUGCAGUUCUCCAAUCGGCGCGAGACGCAGCACCGAACUCCAAUAGCAGCUACACGUCGGAGCAGGAGGAAGAGUCCUGGUAUGCUGUCAAGUCGAACGAGAAGAACCAUGAUCUGCUGACGAGUGACGAAGAGGAACGUGCGUACGAGUCGAUGUUCUCUGUUCAUGAAGAAGCAGAUGAGUUACCUCCGGUAUCUGAGGAGCGACAUAAAGUGAUGCCAGCUCCUCGAUCUUCGUCCUCGUUACGACCUGGUAGGUCCCGUAAACUCAUCAGUGUACGUAGUCGUGGAUUCCAACAACAUCGACUUUUAGAGGCUAUCGAAGAACAUCCUGCUGGUGAGAUCGAAACGUAG